AUGCCCAGGAGACCCUCUAUUAUAAGCUUUGGGUCCCAUGCAGAGCGCAGGAGGACAUUGCCUCCUAUGAGCAAUGAUCACCCACAACUUCGCAAAUUGAAGAGAUGUACAUCUUUGGAAUGGGUCUACGAUGCUGAUGCUGAUGACUCCGACGGCGAGACACAUGACUGCAGAUUAGUUAUCAAGGUCGGAGAAGACGUCGCGAUCUUUCCGCUGGAUUCCCGUGCUGUUCCAUUGACAGACGGAAGUCUACCACUGAUGUCAUACUGGUAUGGGAUUGUGAAGGAGAUCUACUUAAAUUCAACCUCACGUACUCAGGAUGUGUGGCUUGAUAUACAAUGGUAUUACAGGCGGGUGGACUUGGAGGACGAAGGUGUUGACCUUGCACAGUAUGUUGGUGACUAUGAGCUCCUGCUCAGCAGUCACCAGUCCAUAAUUGAUAUGCAUUGUGUGGAAAGUCAUGCAACAAUUGUCCGGUACAACGAAGAGGAUUUAACACAACCUCAAAUACCAAUGGCGACACUCUACACUCGAUGGACGGUUGAAAUGCAAUUUGUUGGCCAUGGAAGACGUACAUCCCUUCAGGGAGUUAAUAUCAAGAACACACAGAUAUCCACCCAUUGCAGUUGCGACAUAUGCAAUCCUGCAUUCUCAUCGCCUAAGAAUGUGCAGCGAUUCUGUAGGACAUGCAAACGUUGGUUCAACGAGGCGUGUCUCGCAGCCAUUGGACAGAAGAUGAAGAAAAGAGCCAAGGCUGGCCUGCCGCCCAUGUUUGAUGGUGUUGAAUUCGACGAAGAGUUUCUUGCUAUUCUAGCGAGCCCGAUUCGACGGGGUGGAUUAUGUGGAGUCGUUGGAAACGGCAUUAUUUUGAUGAAGGUGAAGGCGCUCAUGGAACAGGCAAUACGCCUUGGUAGGCUUCCUGAUGGAUGGAAGGACGGCUUGCAGCAAGUACUAGCGCUGACAUCGGUCGAUGAAGUCAUUCCCCGAUACUAUUGUCCGGAUAUUGGUCGGUUGAUGAAGGCCCAAGGGACUAUUCAAGAUGUCGAUGGGGAGUGUUCUCUCAAUGUGUCUGGACAGUCACCCAAGGGUUGCCGAAUCGCUGCACACUAUCGUCUACCGCUUCAUGCUCUCAACAAGAAAUUUGGGAUAUACAGGAGGGUCGUAGCACACCUCAAUAACUCGACCAAAACACGUGCUACUCACAUGCGGAAUACAUAUGCAUCGGUCAUGGAAUAUUUGAAUGAUGUGCGGAUCGCCUUUCUGCAUGAUGCUUCUGCAUCCCCAGAUGCGGCGCAUGGUGACUUUAGAUCUCCAGCGAUGGAUUAUUUUCUUUGGCUGGACCACACAGUUGGAGGGUUUCACGCUAAGAGUCGCAAGUCCUUGGAGAAAUCCCAUGGGAUCACCUUCGAAGCCCUGCAAAAUGGAAUGUGUCAAGACAUAUUCAUAUUUCUUGAUUGGGUUUCAUAUCACAACGUGCAAUGCAAGGACCACGAUGUCUGCGGGGCAGUCCAGGGCUGCGGCGGUGGAGAAGACAUUCAGCAUUUCCUACAUUCAGUCGAUGUCCAAAUUGACGCACCCAACGCACCAGAGAAACCAAGUACGAGCAAUGACAUGACUGAUCCAACGACGACGGGCAAUUCGAGCUCUGAGAUGGUGACUCCGUCCAAUCCAUUCCCGCCAUUUCCACUGCCAUUCAAUAUUGAUUGCCGCAAGCUCGCUCUCAGUACUCUGGGUGGUUAUGCCCGCCAAAUGCUCAUCGGUGGUUUUGGACUAUGGCUGCCUGGCCAUGUAGCGAUGCGGUUUCGGGAAAUCCAAGGAUUGGAUCAUACCGAUUCAUUGGAGAAUCUUGUUGCGAACGGGCUAAUCCUCACAGCACAUAUGGGAUGGCAAGAUUCUUCGCUGCCGCUGGGAAUGCUCUUUACACAUCCCGUGGGGGCUCGAGUUGCUCGGUCGAGUAUGGGCAGAACAUCUCUCUCUCAAUAG